AUGGAGAUCGACCCCCUCCGGGACGGCGAGGCCUUCCUCAGGCAGUGGCAGCCGCAGGAGCCGCCCGCCGGGUAUGAGGUGGACCGGAGUAAAGGCGUCUUCGGCUACGAGUGGAGGCGGCCUCAGGAGAUCGCCUCGUGCGAGGAGGCGCAGCCCUGGGUGCGGCGCCUGCUGCGGCGCCACGCGGAAGAUGUGCUGCGCUGGGCGGCGGAGCUGGGCGCGGACGGGCGCUGGGCCAGGCCCCGGCCGCUGCGCAGCUGGCGCGGCAAGGCCACUGAGCUGCUCGAGCUCUUGGCCACAGCGCUGGAGAGCGGCGCCGGCAUGCAGCAGCCAGACGAGGAUGGCGUGACUCUCCAGGGCUGCGAGGAGGGGGAAGAUGUGGCUAUGGCGGCGGCAGCCACGGCUUUGCGGCACUUCCAGGCGGAGGCGGCGAGCGCCUUCCCGAGGGACCGCUGGGCCGGGGACGCGGGGCCGGUGCUCAGGGGCUGUGCGCGGCGCUGGCCGGAGGUCUUCGUUUGCGAGGAGAAGGGGCACCAGCUUCAGGACUGGGAGCAGUGGCACUUCCAAGGGAAUGCCUCCAGACAGGCUUGGAUGCAGGAGCGCGGCAAGGCUUUGCGGCAGCUGAUCGCUGCCCUUGGUUCGAAGACGGCUGAGCGGGAGGAGCCAAAGGCGGAGUGA